ACAGUUGGAAACAAAGAAGUGCUUCAUACAACACCCAUCAUACCAGGCUGCUUCCUUCAAGAACAGACUUAGUGCAUCAUUUCUCUUCUUAAAUGAAUUGAAUGAUGACAGCAUCAGGAUCUACUUCCUUCCCGUUGAUUAUUUAAUUUCGCUGCGUCUUUAUCUCCUCGUUAAGACUUUUAUUGGCUACCUCAAGCAUUUUUCUUAAAUGUCCGCAUGUGCACCCGCAAUGCAAACAUGAGUUUGAUAAAAGCACAUCGAGGUCGCGCCUGGCAUGAGCUAACAAAGUCUGUCCGGGAGGGGAAAAGCACACCGUGCCGUCUGAAGACAACUAGAGAAGCGCGGGAAUCCUCCUUUUUUUUCUGCCAACUGCACAAGACCCGAUUUAUAGUGAAGAGUGAUCUCACCAUAUGCGCUGUGGUGGGAUUCAGCGUGCCACUACAACACGCACACAGCGACUGCGGCUCCGCUCUUCCCAGAACACCAAAACCUGAGGAUACAGGACUUUAUUCCAGAUCGACAGCGGGAUAAUCUGUAAGUUACGCCUCCCUUUUUUUGUCUUUUGUUGAGACUGGUGGGGGUUUUGGUGCAGGGGACUCGAAGGAUACUGCUGCCUGUUGGUGCACAAAGACGCGCGGGUCCUUGUUGGAUUCAGUCUGCAGUCCACUUACCACCAACUGCAUUGCCACACAACCGUGGGAAGAGAAUGUGUGUAUUAUGAAACUCUGCGCCCGCCUGGAGCUUUUCUCCUCAACUCUUUGUGGAUCAUCACGCUUACGUCCGCAUGUGGAGUGCAGAUCACCACUCUCUGAAACAACUACAAUGUGGUGCGCAAAGUAAAGUGGGGGAAAUGUUGCAUCCGAGCGGCAGUGGACGGGCAGGACUGUGACUUCCAGAGCGUUCCCGCCGACCCGUGAACGCCGCACUCGAUGUGGAGCUUGUCGCUGUCCGACGCGCGUGUGGUGCUGAAAUUUGGAUGAUGCCCAGCCUGCGACUGCAGGGCUGCCGCUCCCUGCACCUGAACGAGGACAACGGCCGCUUCGUCCUGCUCGCCGUGCUCAUCCUGGUGUACCUGCUGUGCGGCGCUGCGGUCUUCUCGGCCAUAGAGAGGCCCUCGGAGCUGCGGGCUCACCGCCGCUGGAACGGGACGCUCCUCAACUUUAGUGAGACCUUCAACAUCAGCCUGCAGGAGCUCAACUCUUUCCUGCGGGAGUACGAGGCCGCCAUAGCCGCCGGGAUCCGGGCUGAUGCUCUGAGACCAAGAUGGGAUUUUACAGGAGCUUUUUAUUUUGUUGGAACUGUGGUGUCGACUAUAGGGUUUGGGAUGACAACGCCUGUGACAAUUGCAGGGAAGGUGUUCCUUAUUUUUUACGGACUUCUGGGCUGUGCUGCCACUAUCCUCUUCUUUAACCUCUUCCUGGAGCGCAUCAUCACUCUGCUGGCUGUAGUGAUGAAGGCCGUGAGGGAGAGGAGAAUCAGGAACAGCGGUCUCCUUCCGCCGGGGAUUCGGCAUGACUUCUCGGCCUACUCUCUGCCGGGAUGGAAGCCCUCCGUCUAUCACGUGAUGCUGAUUCUGGGACUGUCGGCCAUUACCAUCUCCUGCUGUGCGUCGGCCAUGUACAGCCCAGUGGAGGGCUGGGCCUACUUAGACUCGCUCUACUUCUGCUUCGUCACCUUCAGCACCAUUGGCUUCGGAGACUUCGUCAGCAGCCAGGACGCCGCUUACGAAUACCAAAGCCUCUACAGGGUGGCCAACUUCUUCUUCAUGUUAAUGGGUGUCUGCUGCAUCUACUCGCUCUUCAACGUCAUUUCCAUUGUCAUCAAGCAGGUGCUCAACUGGAUGCUGGAGAAAAUGAGCUGUUUGUUUUGCCAACGUUGCAAUAAGGCCAACGCCUUCCUGGGGAGGCGAAAUGCCAUCCGCCCGGGUUCCAGGGGUCGCAAAGGUCGCUUCAACCAUCAGCCAGAAUCAGACGGGCCUUGCGAUAGUGACACUGAAGCACGGAGACUAUCAGGGGAAAUGAUCUCCAUGAAGGACCUGGCGGCAUCGAACAAGGUGUCGCUGGCGAUCAUGCAGAAGCAGCUGUCUGAGUCUGCCAACGGAUACCCCAGGACGGUCUGCGGCAGCUCCCGCCAUAACGGCUUCUCUGGGGGGGUCGGGGCGCUUGGCAUCAUGAACAACAGACUGGCAGAGACAAGUAACUCAAGGUAGAACUCACAGAGAGGUGGAAAACAAAGCAUUCAUGCUCCUCUCAAGCCACACUGCAGAACAUUGACAUGCUAAUGAAAGGAUAACUUGUUAUGCAUGAGAUAUAUCAUCUUUACUCCUGACUGGGAUUACAAACCUGCGGUGAGGAUGGCGGCAUGAAGAGAGAAUCACAGAGCUGAUCUUAAAGCAUGGUGACCCUAUUCUAGACCUAAAGCCCUGAAAUAAAACAAGUCACUGAAGAGCUUGGCUGGAAUCCCUUGGUGCAAUCGGUCAGCUCGUCAGACUUUUUAUGGCUGAAUCAUUGAGCUGAACAGAAGCCAAGUGAAGCAAACUGCACAGUUUUUACUGUCUUGGGGUGUUGCCAGGUCAUUUGAAUGUACAUAUUGGAUGCUGACGAAAACAAGUAUAACCACUGAAUGAUAUAGCACAUACUGAUCUAUGCAUUACACUUGUCAUGCAUUUUUGCACCAUUUCUCAACCUUCCAUAUUUUUCUCCCCUACCACAUCCUUUUGGUGAUGAUUGAUUUCUUUUCCGGGGGCAAACAGUGAUAAGUAGACUUUCACCGCAUGGCCGUGAUGUAGCUGAUUAAAACAGGGCUGUAGCACAGGAUGCCUUUCCAGUGCUACACCAACAGGAUACAAAGGGUUAUUUCCUCUCUCUGCAGAUGGAAGAAAGACGAAGAAUGAAAAUCUAUUUCAUGUUAGAGAGGGACUGACUUUCUUAUCAGCUAUAAGCACAUGCUUGAGUGGCCAUAGACAUUGACUUGUCGGGUAAAAGAAGGCACCAUCCAAAUCUUUCUUUCUCUCUGCCAUGUGUGUUAGGCUUAACAGCGAGGGUGAUAAGGAGUUUUAGUGUUUAAAUAGUUAUUGAUUGCAAUAUCUUAAAAGUAUUUGCAAAACAGAAUAAAUGAGAAAACAUACUGAACGUAGGUUGAAGAUGUUUAGGAGAUACAGUCAAGUGCUAAAGCUUGGUCAUAAAUUUGUUUCUGAUUUCAAAAAGUUUCAGAUUUAGUGCCUUGCAAACGUACUCUUACCGCAUGAAAAGUUUAUUAUAUUACAGCCACAAACUUCAAUGUAUUUUGUCGGGAUUUUAUGUGAUUGACCACAGCAGUGCACACCUGCAACGUACAAGGAAACCUUUUCAAAUGAAAACUGUUCAGUUCCCUUUAUUCUACCAGGUCAGGAAUAAAGUUAUGAAGAAGUUUAUAGCAGCGAUAGAUUAUAAAUCAUAGGAAGCUCUGUUCUAAUCCAUCAUCUGAAAGUUGGAAUUAAUAUUAAUCAAGGAUAAAUUAAUGUCUCAUUAAUCAGAGACAUCCGUGGUAACUCUUGAGGAGAAUUUGUUCACAAGACAACUAUCAGCUGUGCCCUUCAGAAAUCUAGUUUUAUUUUGUUUGAGUAGCAAGAGAAAACAUUCUGGAAGAAAAUCUGAAAUAAAUCCUGUCUGCAGUUUGCCAGAAGCAAGAGACCAAACAUCUAAAACAAACCUCUGCAACUCCACUCCUCAAGAGCCACUGUUCUGCAACUUUUGGUUACAUUCCUGCUCCAAAACACCUGAAUCAAAAGGCUGAAAUACAUACUUGGUAUGUCAGAAAGUUUUGCGAAAGCUACAGUCACUAAUCAUUCAUUGUAUUCUGGUUUAUUGCAGCAGGGAUGUUGUGGCACUCGAAGACAGUGCUGUGGUGAGAUGAGACUAAGAUUUAGCUUUUCGGCCUGUAAGCAAAAUGUGAGACUUAUCACUGUAAACAUGGUGUCCCAUGGUGAUACAUGGUGGUGAGAGUGUCAUGCUGUGAAGAUUUUUUCCCUUAAGCAGGUUCAACAGAUCAUGAUGGAGGUAAAACCAGGGCAAACCUGGAAGUAAACUUCUGAAAGGCAGCAAAACAAGCGAGGCUGCUUCACUUUGCAGCAGGACAAAUUUAAACAUACAAUAAGAUUGUUUAGAUCAAAUCAUAUGCAUGUCUUAGAGUGACCUAGUGAAAGUCCAGUAUUCUUCAUGAGUCAGAAGAAACAUAGAACAAUGUAAUUUUUCCUACACUUUCACUAAUGCACUGCUUUGUGUUGGCGCUAAGUCUAAAAUCUGCGUAGAGAUCAACAACGUUUGUGCUUUUAAUUUGAAAACAGUUUUAAGGGACGUGAAUAUUUUUGCAAGGCAUUGUACAAAUUACAAAAAUACCAACCUUAAUUUAUUUGAGGUGACGGAUCACUUCAGAGGUUGUCAGCUAAUACAAAAGUCACAUAAAAAAAAGUGAGGAAAGAUCUUAAGUACUUUUAGAAAAGACUCAACUGUUUGAAAAAUCACAAAGUAUUCAAAACCAGUAAGGCUGGAGCAGAUAAAAGGGAGACAGCAGAGCAUCUCCAGGCAGCAGAGUCUUUCUACCUUGUGAUUUAAAUAAGAACCGAUGACCAACAGAGAGGCUGAAGGAAGAAAACUUUCUCAAAGAAGUAUUCACACAUGACAAAAUCUGCAUUCGACUUAAAAUCUUCCAGUAGAUCCAGCAGACUGAGUGGUGCUGUUGCAGCUUUUACAGUCCAGCCACUCUCGUAAAUAUUACAGCUUUGCAAGACUUAUUAAAGAUAGUUUCUCAUUCUUGAUGUUUUAUGCUCGCUGCUCUUUAGAGGGACACAUGCAGAGUUUUGAUGAUGUUUUGCUUGGGGACUCAGCAUCUCUCAAAGAAAAGGUUCCCAAAGCAGGAUCGAUACAUGCCUACUAACGGGAGUCAGAUGCUUUAUGAACACCUGCGUUCUUUAUUCUACGGGCAAACCUUUGUUUGCCAUGAUUUAAAUCUGAAGCUUUAUUCUAACUGCUCAUGAAAAUUCAUUUCAUUUGCUUCAGGACAAAAAAAAAAUCACCUUAGUGUGAAGGUGCUGUUGGAUAACAUCGAGUCCUCUAUACAGUCUGGCUUUGAAAUUGCUGUUUCUAUGAGAUAUUUAUGUGUUAGAUAUAUGAAGCCAUGCGAUGUUUGAUGUUCGGAAACAUCGACUCAACAGAGGAGGACACAUUUAUAGCUGAACUGUGUUGGUGACAGUGAUGUGGGUAAGGGAGGUGGGGGAACGGCAGCAGAAAGUUGCGGCGGCGUUAAUCGACCCCUUCCAGAUCCAGAUUCAUGCUCAAUGCAAAUUUGCGGCCACGGGAUCACCCACUGCCACUGUCUUUCUUCAACAUCUAACGUCCCUCAAUGCACUUUGUGUGUGUGUUUUUUUUCUCUUUCCUGUGUUUCUCCAGCAUCUCUCCUUUGACUUUGCACGCACUGAAGCAAACUCCCUCCUGCUUCCUUUUCUUUUCAGAUCUGCUGCUCCUGCUCUUACACUGUGAAUAACAGGCAUGUCAUAAAUGUAUAUAUGUAAAGAACUGGAAUGUCUUUUAAAGACCGUUCACAAUAGGGUGUGGACUGAAUUCGAAGCUCUGAGUUUUAGUGCAUAGAUCUGAAUAAUUUCCUUUGCUCCCUAUAGUCUCAACCAAGAGGAAUAGAGAAAAUGACUCAGGUAGUUAAAUUUUCAUCCUGGCUUAAUUUUGUUUUUGUUUUGUUUUUUUCUGCAUGCCAUUAUGGUAAAGCCAUAGCUGUAUAUAAAACAGAGUACUGUUUCAAAUCUAUUUUUCUACAUAUAGCUCAAAUAUCUACACACGGAACAAAGUCUCUGUUUCAACUUGUCUGUCAUACAGUCACUCAGCAGAAAAAUGGAAUAAAAGAACCAGAAUUUGUCCAUCCUGCAAAAGCACGAAUGCGGGAAAAGAAUGAGAGCAAAACAUUUCAAAAUGCACAGAAUUUGUUGCAUUUGUUACUGUUUUUGAUUGGAACAAGUUUAUAUUUUAUAUUUCCCCCAAAAAAACUAAUGUUGAAGUGGAGAUGUGUUAAAGCUUACAGCAGCACUACAGCAGUGAACUUACACACCCCUAAAAUGUUUUAGCAGUCAUAUGGGUAUUCUGUACCAAAUUACAUAUUGAAUCCAGUGAUGAUUUCCCUGCUGUAAUUUAUCUCCAGGGGUUAGAAGUUGAAUUGCUGACAACUCUUUAAAAUAAUCAAUAAAGAGUAAAUAAUGGGGCUGCACAGUGGCACAGUUGGUAGAGCUGUU